AUGGAAUGGUUUGAUAAACAAGAAAAUCAUAGUGGUGCUAUAUGUCAACGAUUACAAUUUGAUGCAUUAGCUGUACAAAGCAUGGCAGGAUUUCGUAUUGGUUUAUUAAUAGAAACGUCUUCAACAUUUAUUAUUGGUCUUGGAUUUUCUUUUGUAUUUAGCUGGCAGUUAACUUUGAUUAUUAUUGCCUUUUAUUUGUUUGCUUUUACAUGUAUUUAUCUACAAGUAUACACAGAAUCUACAUUAUGUGAGAAAACAUUUAAAAUACUGGAGCAAGCAUCAGUAAUAGCUUCAGAAUCAAUCGAAAACAGACGUGUAAUUGCACAAUUAACUAAAGAAGAUUUAUUUAUAAAUAAAUAUUCAAAUUUAAUUCAUCAAACAUACAGAAUUUCAGCCGUAGUUCUAUUUGUAGCUCAAACCUUUCAAACUAUAUUGACAUUAACAGAAGAAUUAGCUAAAUCUUUGGUUGCAGCAAAAGAUUUUUUUGAUUUAUUUGAACGACAACCAGUCAUUGAUAAUUGUUCAACAAAAGGAAAAAUAAUUUUUUGUUAUCCAACAAGACCAGAAAGACUAGUUUUGGAUAAUUUUCAACUAAAUAUAAAUAAUGGUCAACGUAUUGCUAUCGUCGGAGCUAGUGGAUGCGGUAAAUCGACAAUUGUACAAUUAAUUGAACGUUUUUAUGAUGUUAAGCGUGGGUGUUUGUCUAUUGAUGGUCAAAACAUAAAAGAUUUAAAUUUACAAUGGUUACGUUCAAAAAUUAGUCUUGUGUCGCAAGAACCAGUUUUAUUUGAUAUGUCGAUAAAAGCCAAUAUUGCCUAUGGUGAUAAUAAUCGACAGCAGAAAGAUAUAACAAUGCAUGAAAUAAUUGAAGCAGCUAAAAAAGCAAAUAUACAUGAUUUUAUUCAAUCAUUACCAGAAGGUUAUGAUACAAAUGUUGGACUGAGAGGUCUACAAAUGAGUGGUGGUGAAAAGCAACGAAUUGCAAUUGGACGAGCUCUUUUACGUCAACCAAAAAUAUUGAUAUUAGAUGAAGCAACAUCGGCACUAGAUACUCUAAAUGAAAAGAUUGUACAAGAAGCAAUUAGCAGCACUUUGGAAAACAAUAAACAAUUAACAUGUAUCAUUAUAGCACAUAAUUUAUCCACCGUAGAACACUGUGAUUGUCUUUUUGUUAUGAAUGAGCAUGGACAAAUUGUUGAGUAUGGUAAACAUCAUGAACUAUUAAAAAAGCGUGGACAUUAUUAUAAUUUAACGUUGAACAAGUAA